AUGGUAGACCAUAUUGUCAUCCUGAUACAUCACAAGUACUGGUGCAAGUGCAGGAUCUACUGUUGCCUCGACUUCAGUGUCAACUCAAUCAACUAUUGCCAGCACAGUUGCCACAACAACCAACUCGCCAACAGCGACGAGCACAUCCACAGUCGCAACAACCACUGUGUCAACUCAGUCCACAACAGUGAGCACGGUUGCCUCGACCACGAGCGGACAUGUGACUGGCUCUACGACUGCAUCGACCUCAGUGACAACCACUGUGUCCACAGUUGGAUCUGCCUCAACGAUCACUCAAUCAACUUCGGCCUCAACAACAGUCUCAAUCGGAUCUUUGUCCUCAACAACAGCUUCCACCUCGUUGUCCACUCAAUCAACUGUUGCCUCGACAACAAUGAGCACGACCACGCUGCCAGCACAACAGUGUCAACUCAAUCAACUGUUGCCAGCACAACGGUGAGCACUCGCGGAGCAUCAACUGUAGCGUCGACGGUGGCCUCAACCACAGUGUCAACUCAAUCAACUGUUGCAAGCACCUCUGUGAGUACAACAGUCACAUCUGGUGGCACUCCAACAUCGACCACUGUCUCGACCACAGCCUCGACAACUGUCACUACCACCGGCGCUGGCUCAACCAUCACUCAGACUACAAGUGCAACGACCACUGUGACGACAACAGAAACGGGCACAGCGUCAGCAAGCAGCACGUCAACUGUUGCCACGACAACAGUGUCCACUCAGUCCACAACGGUGAGCACUGUUGCCUCAACUGUCGCACAAAUACCUUCGACUGUUGCAACGACCACAGUGUCAACUCAAUCGACAACAGUCACCACGACAGCUACAACUGGCCGCCCAACGUCCACAACAGUUUCGACCACAGCGACAACAACAGCCACAACAACUGGGCUUUCAUCGACGAUCACUCAAACAACGUCAGCGACGACAACUGUGACAACAACAGCUACAAACCCAGUAACGUCGACUGUUGCCACAACAACAGUGUCCACUCAAUCAACUGUUGCCAGUAACACGGCUAGCACCACACUCAGACCAACGUCAACCAGUGCCUCAACAACAGUCACGACAACUGGUGUAGAUUCCACCAUCACUCAGACCACCACGGUGACAACGACUGCCACGGGCACUGCCUCUAGCGGACCAACAACCACAGUGACAACAACAGCCACCACUACUGGUCCAUCAUCUACCAUCACGGCAACAACAACGAUGACAUUGGCUUCAACCACAGCAUCUACAACUGGACAAAUCACAUCGACUGUUGCCACCACCACAGUGUCAACACAAUCGACAACUGUCAGCACCAUUGCCAGCACAACAAACAGACCAACCUCGACUGUGGCCACCACAACUGUUUCCACCCAGUCAACUGUUGCCAGCACUACCGUCAGUACCACAUUGAGACCAACGACCACGACAGCCUCAACCACAGUGACAACAACUGGUCAAGGUUCGACAAUCACUCAGACGACAACAGCCACGACCACCGCCACGGGUACUGCUUCUGCUUCAACAACAACUACGGUGACCACAACUGGAACUGCAUCUGCAUCUGGUACUGCGACAGCCACAACAUCAGCAAGUGCAUCGACAACAGUGACCACGACAGCAACAACAACUGGCGCAGCCUCGUCGAUCACUCAGACAACAACUGUCUCGACCACAUCAACUACAGCACCAACCACUGCCUCAACGACACAGACCACAACAGCGUCUACCACCGGACCGCUAUCAACGAUCACUCAGACAACAACAGUGAGCACGAUUUCUGGUGUUCAUCCCACCUCAACCACUGUGUCGACAUCAGCCACGACCACUGGUCCGCUAUCAACAAUCACCCAAACGACAACUGCUACCACCACCGCCACGACUACCAGUAGACAAACAACCACUGUCACUACCACUGCCACAACAACAGGUCCAGUGUCGACAAUCACUGCAACAACUACUGUUACUACUUCAGGCACUGCAUCUGCUACGUCAAUGUCGACAACGGUAUCCACCCAGUCCACAACGGUCAGUACUGUUGCCACGACCACAAUCAAACCAACAAGUACAACGGCAUCAACCACUGCGACUACCACGGUCUCGACAACUGGUCAGGGUUCCUCGAUCACUCAUUCGACCACAGCGACUACCACUGUGUCAACCUCAGCCACCAGCAGUCCAACUACUACAGCGACGACUACAGUCACCACAACUGGUGCCGGCUCCUCAAUCACUCAUUCAACGACAGUGACUACGACAGCCACAGAUACCAGCAAGCCCACAACAACUGUGUCGACCACAGCCACAACAACAGGUCCAUCGUCCACCAUCACAGCAACAACGACUGUUACUACCACCAGCACCUCAAAGCCAACAUCAACUUCUGUUAGUACAACAGUGUCCACUCAAUCCACGAUUGUCAGCACUUUUGCCAGUACUACUCUAAGUCCAUCCUCCACAUCGGCAUCAACCACGGUCACAACGACUGGUCCAGAUUCAUCUAUUACCCAGACAACGACUGUCUCGACCACAUUCACUAGUAGUCCGACGACCACCGCUUCAACAACAGUAACAACCACAGGUUCGGCUGGAACAAUCACUGCAACAACAACGGUAUCCACUGGUCCCACAGCAUCAUCUACCAUAUCUAAACCGACACCAACACCAACAUCGACAUCUGCCACUACAACCGUGUCCACUCAGUCGACCACUGUUAGUACCCUGGCCAGUACCACACUCAGUCCAACAAGUACAACAGCAUCAACAACUGUCACAACAACAGGUCCAGAUUCCUCGAUCACACAGACCACCACAGCAACUACUAUUGCUACUGGUGGAUCCACAACUGCCUCGACAACAGUAACCACCACAGGUCAAGAUGGAUCAAUCACAGCUACGACAACAGUGUCAACUGGUGUAUCCUCAUCCACACCAACACCAAAGCCACAGGUCACAUCGACGACAGCAAGCACCACAGUGUCCACUCAAUCGACCACUCAACUACCUCAGGUGCAGCAUCGACGAUCACUCAAACGACCACAGCAACAACCACGGCAACAGGCUCUACCACCCAAACCACAACUGCCACUACAACAGGUCCAUACUGCAUCAUCUCAACCAACAACGACAACAGCGUCCACAAUCAUGUCUACCACAGGACCAGACUCGACUAUCACUCAAACAACAACAGCCACAACAACAGCCUCGAUCACCAGUGUUAUUACCCCAACACCUCGCAAGUACUAUGACAUCAAGGGAUUCGUAUUUGAGGACCUCAACACAGACAUCAAGCACCAGGACAAUGAGCCAUUUAUCGCCGGUUCCACCAUCACUCUGAAGAAGAAGGGUAAUGUGAUUGGAACACAGGUGACCACGGCCACCAACCCAUCGUACAUCUUUAUAGGCGUGGAGGAAGGUGAUUACUGCAUGUCCGCUUCAGUCCCUGAUGGAUACGCAAGGGCCAGCGAUACUAGUGCGGACAACGCGUUCAAUGCCCAAGGUGACGACUUCUGUUUCACACUCUCUGCUCACAGGGAUGUCAAUGCAUGCUUUAUAAUGAUCAAAUACACCAUCAAGGGAUACGCGUUCGAUGAUACCAACAAGGAUAACAUGUUCCAGCCUGCCACUGAUCAGUUGGUCGCUGGAUCGACCAUCACACUAAAGAGGAAGAGUGAUGGCAGUGUUGUCGGCACGCAGGUGACCACGGCCAACAACCCAUCAUACUCGUUCAAGGAGAUCCCAGUUGGAGAAUACUGCAUGUCCUCAACAGUGCCAUCAGACUACAACAGACUCGGCGUGGUCAACACAGACAACUCAUUCAAUGUCGAUGGUUCAGUCUACUGCUUCUCGCUCAGUGGUGCAGACAAGGAUGUCAACGUUGGAUUCAGAUUGAAGACAUUCGAGAUCAAGGGAUAUUCAUUCGAUGAUGGCAACCUUGAUGAUAUAUUCCAGCCUGCCACAGAUCCAUUGGUCGCAGGAUCGACCAUCAUGCUCAAGAAGAAGAGUGAUGGAUCAGUUGUUGGUACUCAAGUGACCACAGCCACCAACCCAUCAUACUCAUUCAAGGAUGUACCCAUUGGAGAGUACUGCAUGUCGGCCACAGUCCCACCAAAGUACAACAGAAUGGGUGUAGUCAAUUCUGACAACGCAUUCAAUGUCGAUGGCUCGGAUUACUGCUUCAAGCUGGACUCUGACAAGGAUGUCAAUUCUGGAUUUAGGAUCAGGAGGUUCGAGAUCCUUGGAUAUGCAUUCGAUGACGACAAUGAUGACAAAACAUACCAACCGGCCACUGAAGCCCUGGUCGCUGGCUCCACAAUCACCUUAAAGAAGAAGAGUGAUGGUUCUGUAGUCGCCACUCAGGUCACAAAAGCGACCAACCCGUCCUACGUAUUCAAAGGGGUGCAAGCUGGAGAUUAUUGCAUGUCUGCCACAGUCCCAUCCGACUAUGACCGUCUCUCAGUUGUCAACGCAGACAACUCAUUCAAUGUUGAUGGCUCCGACUUCUGCUUCAUAUUCACGG